UAUCUCAGGGUACUGAACCUUUGUACCUGAAGUAAGAUGCCAAUUAGUAAAUAAUUGAGCCCGCUCCUUUUUAUCAUUCCGGGCAAGCCGUCUUUAUCACUCAUUUACAUUCGUGGUUUAACGGCAGUCGGUGGGUUUAUGCAAUCAGUAAACAUAAAAUUACGUUAGCUUUACAAUGGGGACGUUGAUCGCAAUUUUUGCACUCCUUGGAUUUGUUGGCAUUGAAGCUGCAGCCAUAAAUUCCACUUGGGGAGGUUUGUAUCCAAGAGAGUCAGCUUCUCGAGAAGUCAAGUCACUGGAUGGGUUGUGGAACUUUCGACUGGCUCCUCUCCAAGACCCGGACAAAGGUUUCCGUGAAGAAUGGUACUCGCAGCCACUCAGCCUGAGUGGGCCAGUGAUAUCAAUGGCAGUUCCAAGUAGUUACAACGAUGUAACUCAGGAUAAAGAUCUUCGAGAUCAUAUUGGAUGGGCAUGGUAUGAUCGCACUUUCAUUGUGCCUCAACGCUGGCAGGCUGACAAACAGAGAGUCGUUUUGCGUUUAGGAUCUGCCCAUUACAAUGCCAUGAUUUACUUGAACGGCAAGUUCCUAACUGCUCAUGAAGGUGGGCAUCUUCCAGUUAUGGCAGAAAUAACAACUGGUGUGGUGUAUGGUCAAGAAAACCUCAUUACUGUGGCUAUCAACAAUACCCUCACUCCUACCACUGUGCCCCAAGGAAAAAUAGUUUACAAGAAUGACCCAACAAGGUACCCUGAUGGUUAUUUUGUUCAAGAAUAUAACUUUGACUUUACAAAUUAUGCUGGAAUACAUCGUCCUGUGUACAUCUACACUACUCCUCGCACUUACAUUGAUGAUAUUGUCGUUACCACAGACAUUGAUGGAACUGACGGAAUCAUCAGUUACAAUAUAACAUACGAGUCGCUUGAUGCAAGAAAAACUUCACUUCGGGCGAGUGGUUGCUCUAUUAAACUGCUUGAUAAAAAUGGUGCGCAUGUUAAGAGCGCUAUGGGCUGUGUUGGCUCUAUCAAAGUUGAAAAUGCAACUUUGUGGUGGCCAUACCUCAUGGACGAAAACCCUGGAUACCAGUAUACAAUGAUUGUUGCCGUAUCUGACGAAGAAGGAAACCUAGACCUUUAUCCCCAGAAGGUGGGAAUUCGUGUUGUUGGAUGGAACUCGACAACUCUCACCAUCAAUGGUGUUCCUGCAUAUUUACGUGGCUGUGGAAGGCAUGAAGAUUCUGAUAUUAGGGGUAAAGGUGUGGAUUAUCCUUUAAUUGUGAAAGACUUCAGUUUACUGAAGUGGCUUGGAGCCAACAGCUUCCGAACAUCUCACUAUCCGUAUGCCGAAGAGAUCAUGGAUAUGGCUGAUCAGGAAGGCAUCAUGAUUGUGGAUGAAAGUCCUGCAGUAGGCCUCAGUGGCUUUGGUGAAGAGUUGAUGAAUAACCACAUAACUGUUAUGAAGGAACUCGUUCGAAGGGAUAAGAAUCGUCCGUCAGUCAUCAUGUGGAGUGUUGGCAAUGAGCCAGUUUCAAAUCAGCCUGCUGCUAAAGAUUAUUUCAGCAAUGUAGUAAAUGCUACAAAAGAAGCAGACUCAUCCCAGCGACCAGUUACUUGUGUUUUGAGUUAUGACAAAAAUGGUGACCUAGCUGCAAGCAGCUUAGAUAUAAUUCUAGUGAACCGAUACUACUCAUGGUACAGUGACACAGGUCACUUGGAAAUCAUUGAGCAGCAGACGAUCACAGAAUUCACAGAAUGGCAUCUCCUCCACAAUAAACCUGUCAUGAUCUCUGAGUAUGGUGCCGGAUCGAUUGCAGGAUUCCAUCAGGACCCGUCCUUUACAUGGACAGAAGAAUACCAGGCUGAACUAAUGAUGAACAACUUCAAGGCCUUUGACAGUUUGCGCAGCAAAGGAUUUUUCAUCGGGGAAAUGAUCUGGAAUUUUGCUGACUUCGCUACUCCUAUGGAAUACAACAGACCAGGGGCUUGCAUGAAGGGUCUGUUCACCCGCGCUCGUCAACCGAAGAUGGCAGGUCACUUGAUGCGUUACAGAUAUUGGUCAUUAGCAAAGGAAUACCACAAUUCCACAAUGCCAAAGGGAGCAGAUAAACCCUGGUUAUUAAUGAAUUACUAAGUAGAUGAAAAUGUAGCACCUUUGUAUCCAUAACAGAAUAUUUUUGUAUUUAGAUUGCAUUCCAGUUUCUUUUAUAAUCAAAAGUAUGAAUUUUUACUACGUGAAUGAUAUUAGUUGUAUAGCACAGUAGUACAGAAAUAUUUGUAUGAAUUUACAACUUAUGCAUAAAAAAUUAUUAUUUACUUAUCAACUUGCCCGAAUUACUGUUCAUUACGCAAUGAUUGUUCGCAUCAAAUAAACCAUUGUCUUACGCAGCCCUAUGCAAUGGAUGGAAGAGGGCAAUGGUUUAUAUGAAUGUGCUAUCACUUUUGUUUGUAAAAAUUUCUAUAUUCAUCAGAUUUUCACAAAUAAAUGCUCAAGGUAAUGGUAUUCAUACGAAUUACUAUAAUGUGUACAAAAGUAGACAUAAAUGAUAAAUUAAUAUACUCCUGAAGUACUGGUAAUUCUUUGAUUUAUAUUUAAGUGACAUGUUUCAGAAUAAAAUUGACUUCUAUUAAAGUACUAUUAUGUAAAAAAAAAAAAUAGCAAUACAAAAGACAAUUUUUUUCCAAUGAUUUAGUUUUACUUUUAUAAUUUUUAGUUAAGCUAAUUGUGUGGGAAUGGUAAGUCAGGUUAGAUACACUUUACAGGAAUGGAAAUGAACUUCACCCUAGAACAGGGGAUUUAUAACCAUGUACUGCAUCCACAAACAAUUUUACAAAGCAAAGUAUAAAUGUAUUUUUUAAAAGUGUGUGAGCCUCUUGAAAACAAUAAUGUUGUAUUUUCAAUUCUCACAUGUUACAGAAUCUUUGCAGGAAGUGAUAUUUCAAAGGAAAUUAUCAGAUUCACCUACAACUUUUACAGCAAGUACUGUCGAUGUGUGAUAAAGCCGCAUGAUAGUCAGACUUGGCUCCGUAACCUGAAGAGAACAGUGACACACAAAGUACAAGUAAAAACAAAAAAAACAUGUAACAUCUUGAAAUUUCUUAUCUCAAAAACACCUGUAAAAAGUGGUCACAGACAUACAUGACAAGACACUAUCCAUCAAAGUAAAAAUGGCAGUUACAAUAUAAUGUUGCCCACAAUUUCUGCUGUGUCACUAACAUGGUAAGGCAUCCUUGCAAUGUCUUUGAAAUACACAAUAGUGUAAUUCUGACUUUAAACAGCUGUCAAUACUUUGAGUUGUAGUAAUUUCAUAAAUAUUCUGUCAGGUAUCAGUUGUUAAUUAUUACAUUCCAAAGGUUGAAUUUAGCUUAAUUAUUACAUUCCAAAGGUUGAAUUUAGCAGACUGCAAACACCCCCUCCCCCCACCCAUUGUUUGGAUGAUCUUCAAGGUGUAGUGUACUACAUACACAUGCUGAGCAUGGAAAAAUAAAAGUUUUUUCUAUA